AUAAGAAAUCCUUCUUGAAUCAACAAAAUCUUAUCAUAAAAUUGUAUUGGUUUUGAUAAUCGUGUAAUCCUCCGUCCUCACUGUUUUACUCCUCACACUGGAGCACCGUACUGGAUGACAUUCACGAAAUCGAAAACGCCUUGACUCAGUUUUUAAAAUUAUUAAUGACCUAUAGGUUCUACCUAAGUACUCAGAUCAAUAAUAUUCACCGUCGUUAGAUUAUAAUCAGUUGAUUUUUUUGUUAUUUCCCAAUUAAACAAAAUAUCUAUCCAAUGGUUCUUAUCAUUAAAAUACCUGAAUUCGAUUUUUGUUAAUAUUUUUUAUUUUUUUUGGACUCGUAUAUUCAACAUAAAAUAACUAUGUCUUUCAGUUUCAUAGUAUUGACUUAUAUUUUUGCCAUGAUAUCGGAUGCAAUUUUGAUAUUUUUUUCAAUAUUUCACGUAAGUAUACUUAUUUUUUUAAUAAUUUGAUGUGCUAAUAAUAUUGAGUUAUUUUUUCCUUUAAUUAUUUUUACAAAGUCACUACGAUAUAACAAUAUAUCAAUUUACAAGUUUAGAUAUGUGAUUACAAAAAAAAAAAAAAAACCUUAGACACUUAGUUAUUAAACAUAAAUUACUCGAAGAAAUAACAAUUUAUAGUUGAAUUAAUAUUUUUAUGAAUUGGAAUAUUUUUAAUCAAACCAGUAAUUUUUUAUAAUUUGGUUUAUAAGUUCACUCAUAUAGUAGAUAAAUAUUUUCAUUGUAGAAAAUUGUGGAAAGUAUAAUAAAUAUUGUAUCAUUAUCAUUACUUUACUUUAUAAAUAAAUAUUUUGUCAUUUCAAUUAAUUUGUUAUUUUCCUAAUAAAUGUUGAAGUGUAGUGUUAAGUUAUGUAUUCAUAUAUUAUAUUGAUUCAACUAAAACUUAUCUGUUCACAAUAUCAAGUUAGUUUUAUUUUCGUACCUUAUUCUAAAUAAAUAGGUAGAGUCUAAUCAUGGCUAUGCAUUCAAAAUACAUUUGAGUAGUUUGACAUUUAUAAAUAAUUAAAUAUUGUAUUUGUCAAUGGAUACAAUAUUACAUUUUUUAAUUCAUGUAUAUCGGGUAUUUAGUUGUAUUUAUAAAACAAAAUAACACAUAUAAUUGUUAUAGAUUAUUUUCAGUUAUUAUUAAAAUGUACAUUGUAUAUUAUAUUUAUAUAAUAUAUUUACUAUACAUUUUAUUGUUGGUAAAUGUAUAUUAUUUAUUAUUUAUUAUACUUAUAGAAUAUACAUUUUUGAUUUAUUAUACUUGUUACAAAUAUAAAACUGGGAUGGGAUUUAACAGGGCAGAACAUAAAUGAAAAACAAAAUAAAAUAUUUUGUACCACAGGUGCACCAUCUAUUAGUUAGACUGAUACAGUAAAUGUGGAUAUAGCUUGCAAUUAAAAGGUGGCACGAGCCAGAUGAAAAUGGUCAUCAGUUACCUAUUUCUGAUAUAAAAAUGUUAAAAUAUUUUUUUAGAUUCUGAGUGGAGCAAAGAAACUUAUAGUUUUAUAAAAAUGUUUAUUUUAUUUUUGUUUUUUUUGUAGACAAUUUUUCUACCAGAGAACUUGUUUUGAUUUUUACGUGUAGCAUUUUUUCUGAAAGGAAAUCGGCGUGGAGAGGUACUUUAGGGGCGUAAUUUUUCGAUUUUCUCAAGAGUUUUCUCAACAAAUGUUAAAAACUGAAAAAAAAAACCGAAAAACUAGGUACAUUUUAAUUUUGGAAUUGGAAUAAUUGGAAUUUCACGAUAAUAUGACAUAUAUAUUGUUGACAAAGCAGCACUAUUAACUAAACUACGAUUAGAAUCUUUUUUCGUAAGAAAUGGUUUAUUGUUGCUUACAUGUAUACAUUAAAUUACCUAUAACAGUGGCUACAUCCAUUCCCAUUAUCCUAGGACAUCUUUUUAAAAUUUAAAUUAUUUGUUUGUUUUAGAUUAUUGCAUUUGAUGAACUAAAGACCGAUAGUAAAAAUCCUAUAGAACAAUGUAACAGCUUAAAUCCUGUAAGUAUCAUAUAAUUAAAUAUUAUAACUACUAAAUUAAAUAUUAUUUGUAUAGAUCACAUAAAUACAUUUAUGGCUUAUACUCUAGUUACAGUAAAAUUUUACCCACCAAAAAUUGUCAUGAGUUGUGUAUACUAUAUACAUGUAUACUUCUAGAUAGUAACUAAUACUUAGUGUUAGACAAUUAAUAUUAAUAAAACAAGAUUUAUAUUUUUAUUGCUGGUAAAAUAUUCUUCAAGUGUCAAUACUCAUAAUUAGAGUUAAAGAAUUAGUUUUAUAUUCGCUUAAAUUUAUAAAAAGACUCUUAAAAAUGUUAAAAAAAACCUUAAUAAAGCACUUAAAAACAUUUAACAGAGUAAAAAUGAUAGGCGUUGAAAAUUCCUCCGUUAAUCACUUCAACUUAUUAAAUUAAAUUUCCUUACCCUAUUUAUUUAUUUGUAUGCUAAAACAGGAAACAAGUAAUAAUGUUUAUGACAAUUAUAACAGUUAAUAAAAUAUAACAUUGAUAAGGCUAUAUCAGUAAGAAAAUAAGCAUAACAAUGACAAUAAUAACAACAAUGUAUAUAAAUGUGUUGUUUUUAAUUUUUAAGCUGUUUCUCUUUACAUACCACGCAUAUGUCAUUAGCGUAAAUUAACUUUUUGGAGAUAGUGUUUGGCAGGUUGCUAGUAUAUAAGUUAAAAAGUAUUAGGGCAAGAUACUUGAGGUAGGCCAUUGUUUAGUCUACAUUUUCUGCUUGUUUUAUUUCCUACGUAGACUGAACUGUCAGUUGUUAAGCAUAUUUUUGAGAUGGUUGUAAAGACUUUUAUAUGGAAUUACUCUCAAGAAUUUGAAGAGUAAGCCAGUUCUCUUUCCUGUAUCUUACACAUGUUUAUAUAUACCUAAAGUAAAUUUAUUAACAAAAUUAUAUUAAAUGACUGAAAUUGGUCAAAUUUGCAUGAAAUUCAAUGAAAAAGAAAAAAAUAAUAUUGUAUUAAUAGACAAUUUGAUUUCCAAUUUAUUCUCUGUGUAUUUUAAAUUUGAAUUGCCUUUUAUAAUAAUAAUUAUAUUAUAUAUCCGUAAUGUAGAUUUUAACACUAACACCAUUAAUAUAAUAGUGUUUCAGAAUUUGCUGUGGAAUUUUGUUAAGUAAUGUUAUUACAUAAUAAUAAUAUUGUUUAAAAUUGCACAGUAUAUACUGGGUAAUUUUAGAUACACAAGGUUUAUUUAAUUAUAAUGUUUUUGAACCACUGUUUGGUAUUAUAGUAUUUCUUAAUGGCAUUACACAAACAAAUAAAUUAAAAUAAAAACUCAAUCUGUGACUUUUCUUUAGACUUGUCCUAUAAAUCAUUUACUUGUAAUUUAUCAGUACUUUGAAUAUAUAUGGUGCAUGUAGAGUAGAGUAUAUACAUAAAUACAUAUUAAUACAAUAAAAAAAUGUUAGUAUGGUUUUAUCUAGAUAACUAAAUUAUAACUAUUAUAAUUAUUAUAAUUAUAACUAAAUUCAUAUUUCUACUCUUUUUUUAAUAGGAUUUUCUAAAUUAAAACAAUUUAAUUACCACAGUUAUAUUCAAAAAAUUGAAUUAAUAUAAUAAUAUUCUUGUUGUUUAUUUGUGUUAUUAUGAUAUGAUAUGAUAUGCAUUUUUAUGCGGUUACAGUGGUUUUGUAAUUUUUUUCUUAUAACUUUGAUUAGUAGAUGAUACAUAUGUUUAUUAAUUUGUCCAUGUGAAAAUAAACAAUUAUGUUACUAACUAUCAUUGUCUUUAAUCAUUUGACUUGGAAAAAUGUAAACAACAAUUUAAUAUACAGAGUGAUCAACAAACUGUAAGACACUUAUUAUUUCAGAAAGUAUUAACAAGAAGUUGUAUUCAAUUUCAUAAAUAGAUGGAUUAUCAGUUUUAAUUAAUUUUUAAUAUACAUUGUCAUUUGAAAAUCAAAAGUAGUUAAUGAUUUUACCCCUGAAAAUAAGGGUGACAAAAAAAAGAGUAACAUAAUAUUUUAGAGCUACUUAUUCCUUAAAUGUUUUAAAAAGCAAAUAAUGUAAAAAGUUAAUACUUUUCAAAAUAAUGAAUGUCUUAUAUUGUGUUGAUCACUAUGUAUAAUCACAGUCAAUUUAUUUUUUUUUAAAAACAUUUUUAAUAUAACUGUUUCAAUUGAAAUAAUAGUUGUAAAUUGUAUAUUUUAUGUAUUACAAAAAUUAAAAUAAAUAAACAAAUAAUGUUUAAAAAUUAUUUUAACCCACUCAUAAAAUUAUGAGCUCAAACAUGUCAUUGAAGAAUGUUCUCUUUUAUUUAUAAUAAUUAUUUUGAUUAUAGGAUACUAUAUUAAUAUUGUUGAAUUUUGAUUUUUAGUUGGUUCUUCCAGAAUAUUUAAUACACUUCUCUUUUAAUUUUUUAUUUUUACUUGGAGGUCAGUGGCUCUUCCUUGCAGUUAAUGUACCAUUAAUGGCCUAUCAUAUUAUACGGUGAGAAUUUGGGAAAGUAAUAUAAUUUUAAUACUAUUAUAUUGUCUUUUUAUAGUUAAAAAGUGUUCACAUUUAAAUUUGUAUUUAUAUACGAUAAUAAAAACAAUUUUUAAACUUUUAUUUUAGUUAUCAAAAUAGACCAAUUAUGUCUGGUUUUGGUCUUUAUGAUCCGACAAGUAUUAUGAAUGCUGAUAAACUAUACAAAUACCAACGUGAAGGUUGGGUAAAAUUGGCAUUUUAUUUGUUAUCGUUUUUCUUCUACUUUUUUGGGUAAGUAACAAUAUUCUUAAAAAAUAAAUGAUACACAUAUAUAAUAUAUUUAUUUUUGUUUUCCAGAAUGAUACGAUCAUUAAUAACAGUAUAAAUCAAAGAUAUUUGAGCCUUUGUUUUUUACAUGUAAAUAAAUUCAUUCCAUUAACAGCCAACAAAGAUCUACAAAUAUAUUGAAGUCCAGCUGUAGCACUGAGACCUUCUUUUUCAACCACCUUUUGUUUUAUACAGCUUUAUUGUUCAGAAAAUACAAUUAUAUUUUAUAAAGUGUAGAUUUACUAAUAUUUGAAAAAAAAAAUAAUGAAUAUAAUUUAAAAAAAUUGUUAACAAAAAUUUAAUUUUAAAAUGAUUACAAAUUAAUAUGGCUAAUGGUUUAGAUCUGGGUUUUGCUUGGAUCCC